AUGGACAAGAUUUUGGAGGGCCUUGUGAGCUCCGAUCACUCUGUUCCAGUGAAGAGGGCCAUUGUAAAGAAGGUAGUGGAAGCAGCAGAGAAAGAAGUGACAGAGGAGCAGUGUCAUGCGUUGUUUACUCUCACGACCCGCCUCAUCUUGCUUGGUGAAGAUGCAUUUCAGAGGCAGAUCGGAUUUCAGGUUUUGGAAGCUUACGCACGCUACCACCGGCCAGAGUUUGAGCGUUUCUUCAGUAAAGACUUUGUACUCAGUCUUCUCCAGCAGGGCUAUGGCCAGCUGGACCGCAAAGAUCCAGCCAUAACAGACUACAUUCACUGCUGCCUGCGGCUGCUCAUCAGCUGCCCCUCGGUGCUUGAGAUCUUCAGCGUGAUUCAGGUGGAGGUUUUAAGGAUGGUGUGUGAACGUCCUGAGCCUGCUCUUUGUGCCCACCUGAGCACUUUGCUGUCUGACUUUGUGCAGUGCAUCCCGAGGGAUAAGUCGGGCGUUUUGUUCUGUCAGCAGCUGGUGAGGACCAUCAGUUACUUCCACUGCUUUGCCAGCCAAGAACAGGAGCUGAGAGAGUAUGUAGGUCAGGUGACUAAGGUUAGCACACUGCUGCAAAACAUCUGGAAGGCUGAUCCAGCCACACUGCUUCCCUCACUGCAAGAAGUGUUUGCUAUUAUCUCCUCCACAGACCCCUCCUUUGACCCAUCCAUUGCUCUGGCCAGCCUGGUUCAGCACAUCCCUGUCCAGAUGAUCACUGUGCUUAUCAAGAGCCUCACCACAGACCACAAUGUUAAAGACGCAAGCAUGACUAAAGCACUCUGCAGGAUGAUUGACUGGCUUUCUUGGCCUCUUGCCCAGCACGUGGAUACCUGGGUCAUUGCUCUACUGAAAGGACUGGCAGCAGUUCAGAAGUUCACUAUCCUCAUAGACGUCACUCUGCUUAAAAUUGAACUGGUAUUCAGUCGUCUGUGGUACCCCAUUGUGCGGCAGGGGGCGCUAUCUGUGCUCUCCCACAUGCUGCUGAGUUUCCAGCACUCUCCUGAGGCCUUCCAUUUGGUUGUACCACAUGUGGUGCAUCUAGUCCAGUCUUUGAGGACAGAUGGUCUCUCCACCAGCAAAGCUUUCUUGCUGCAGUUCACUGAGCUCAUACACUGCAUGAUGUACCAGUACUCCGGCUUCCCUGACCUCUAUGACCACAUACUAGAGGCCAUUAAGGAUCUUCCAAAACCUGAAGAAGAGAAGAUCAAGCUGGUGUUGAAUCAAAGUGCCUGGACGUCCCAGUCCAACUCCUUUGCCUCAGGUCCUCUGAGGCAAGUUGGAAAGUCUGAGACCGGCAAGACUGGCCUGGUCAACCUGGGGAACACCUGCUUCAUGAACAGCAUCAUCCAGACCCUCUUCAUGGCCACCGAUUUCAGGCGGCAUGUUUUAUCAUUGCAUCUAAAUGGUUCCAACACACUAAUGAAAAAGUUCCAGCUGCUCUUUGCUUUCCUUGCACACACUCAGAGGGCAGCGUUUGCUCCCAAAAACUUCUUGGAAGCAUCUCGACCUCCCUGGUUCAACGCCGGCUCUCAGCAGGACUGUUCUGAGUACCUCAGAUUUCUUCUGGACAGGUUACAUGAAGAGGAGAAAACCUUUCAAGUUCUGGAAUCAGUUAAGCCAAAGGUUGCCCCUCCUGUUGACACAAACGGCAAAGACCCAACAGGCCAGACUUCUCCAGAGGGCGGAGAAGAGCCGUCUUUGACUCCAGCGGAAAUCAAACCUGAGAAUGACGGGAGGACUUUGACAGAAAAGAUGUUCGGGGGGAAGCUGAUCACAGGUAUUCGCUGCAUGCAGUGCAACGGCAUCUCUGAGAAAGAGGAGCCCUUUACAGACCUGUCUUUGGCCUUCUGUCCUUCUGCCACCUCUCAGGGCAGCCCUCAGGCUGAGGGGCCCUCAGAGGAACCCAAGGUUCUCUGUCAGGGAUCUGUCAAUGGCGGCAGUGAAAUUCCCGAGCAAGGCUCGACCAAAGCCCCGGCUAGUAAUGUCCAUUUUGUGCCAGUGACAAAUGAGCCUCCUCUCUCUGUGCCUGACCUGGUGAACUAUUUCCUGGCUCCAGAGAUCCUGGACGAAGAGAAUGCCUAUUUCUGUGAAAAGUGUAGCUCCCUCCAGCGGGCAGAGAGGACAAUGAAAGUGGUGUCAGCACCUGAAUACUUGAUCCUCACCCUGCUGCGAUUCUCAUAUGAUGCCAAAUGCCAUGUCCGGAGAAAGAUUCUGGACAAUGUCACCAUCCCGCCACUCAUGAGACUUCCUGUACAUGCCCCUUCAAUGACUACACAAUGUUCCUCUUCUACCUCUUCUCCUCUGCAAGUGGAUUCUCCUGAGAGCAGUGAGAAUCUGGCCAAAAAGCUCAAACCAUCUCGAAAAGACGAGGAGGAAGAGGAGAAGGAGAGGAUAGAUGGGGCAGAGCAGAUACAUAGAGGAGGAGAGGAAUCGGUCCAGUCAGUGCCCUAUGUCCUCAGCUCAGUGGUGAUGCAUUCUGGUAUAUCGUCCGAGAGUGGCCACUACUAUUCUUACGGUCGUAACAUUAACGGAGCCGAUGGAACACAGCAUCCAGUCAACCACUUUGCUCUCAAGGAGGAUUUGGGGAAUGGCCAGGCCGAGUGUAGCCUCUCCACUUGCUCAGCUCUCCCAAUUCCACCUGAACAAAGAAACACAGUACCUAAUAGUGGCCAGGAGGCAAGAGAAUGGCUGCUGUUCAAUGAUAGCAGAGUGACAUUUGCAUCCUUCCAAUCAGUGCAAAACAUUACAAAUCGUUUCCCCAAGGACACCGCUUAUGUGCUCAUGUACAGGAAGCAGGAGCCACUAGGGCAGAACAUAAAUGGGGGGCUGAUGGCAAAUGGAAUGAGGCCGAGCGCCGAGCCUCCCCUGCAGAAAGAACUACUGGAUGCUAUUAUCAAGGACAACAAGCUGUAUUUACAGGAACAGGAGCUCAAUGCUCGGACCCAGGCUCUGCAGGCUCCUUCGUCCUCCUGCUCAUUCAGGCCCAACGGUUCAGAUGACAAUAACCCACCAGGGAGCUGCGGCCCAUCUGGUGGAGGCGGAGGGGGAGGGGGCUUCAAUACCAUUAGUAGACUGGUCUUCUGAAAGAAAAAAAUGCUGCAUAAAAACCCAGAUGAACUGGCACUGAGAGAGUCCGGAACUGUCAUACCAUAGAUGUAUGUGCAUAUGACCUCAUGAAAAGAGCACUGAAAUGAUCUAAAAACACACACACACACACACACGCACACACACACGCACACGCACACGCACGCAGAGUAUAUGCUCUGAUUCUGAUCCUAGAGUUGAUUUUGUUUUGACUAAAAUAGUUUUUAUACCACUGUUUUGGUCAUCGUUUAAUACUGUUUGAUUGAUUUAGAUCAUUCUUUUGUGAUUUCAACAUUGUAAUUUUUCAUUAAUCCUCCAAAUGUCCAAACUUUACAUAAUACUUAUUGAUGCAAAUGUAUCCUCGCCCUUAAGUUAAAUAACUUGCAUUAAUCGAUAAAUAUUUGAAACUGGGUCGAGUCUAGAACACGCUCAUAUUAUCGUUAAUAACAUCACCACACACAAACACGUGCAUGUGCAGUGCGCAGUAGAUGAGAAAGCAUCCAACUGUAAGAUAAAGAGACUUGUUUUUUUUAUUUGUUAUAGUGCUGAACAUACAGCUCACUAUGUUUGUUUACUUUUCUGAUUUGCAUGCAGCUUUUCUUCCCCCCGAGCUGUAGAGUUUGAGUUCCCUGAUAUUUGAAUCUUUUGAUUGUGUGCUAUGCUGUGUUUUUACAGGUUUCAUAUCCCAUGCAAUAAAUGUACAUAUGACUUAAAAUAUCAUCCUGAAUAAUCACGGAAUACAAAACUAUAUGUGGAAAAUGGAAUACUAUACGUAAUCUCCAAGAUAAAGGCAUUUUCAAUAUGAAUAUAUAAUGCUGUCGUCCCUCUCAAUUACAAACCGCUUGUUUAAACAUAUUUGACAUAACAGUUAACUGUUUGACAGCUAAUUUUAAUAUAAUCUGAUUUGAUCAUUUAGGAGACUUUUAUGUUCAUGCUGGUUUUAUGUGCCUUUUGAUAUUUAAUGCAUAUUUUUGAUGAGGCAUUUGUCAGGAUACACACCUCAGCUGUACCGUGUUAAUAUUCAUAAUGGUUUCACCUGUUCCUACAGUAAACACAAACCAGUAUUUGUUGUAUUGUCUUUCUGAACCUCGCAGGUUAUUUAAGGUCAAGUUAUUUAAAGUGGUACGUUGGCAGAGACGUGGGCAGAUGUUGGGGACUAAACUAUAAAUGAAAUUGCUAACACAUGGACAUGCAAAUGUUAAAAUAUAAGAAAUGUUGAAGAUGACAGGCAAUUAAUAAAUACUCAAUUUGAGCGAAAGCGAGACGAAGCAGCAGAUGGUUUCUGGAAACCGUGCAGAUUUUUUGUAUGUAAGAGACUUUGUUGAUUAAAAAAAUACAGAACUCUA